AUGACCUGGAAACUCUCUCAGAGAACCCCAAGAACUCCUUUUUGUACUGGUCUGUGGUGGCCUUGGACUACCCCUUCUACCUACUCAAGUAACUCUUUUAUCACAAAUUUAAUUACCAAUGUUUCCAUUUAUAGGAUCUUACCUAGCCAUAUGGCCUGCUGCCUCUGCCAAUUUAAAGAUACUAUUGAGGUUGUCUGUAAGACACUCAAGCUGCGUUGUGACAGUGAAUGCCUGACAGACAUGACACGCUGUGAUGAAGAAACAUCUAUACGGAAUGCAGAAGGAUCGUUGAUGAAGGUGUUACAAGCCCGGAAAAAGAACAACAGCACCGAACUGACUGUUGAGUCAGAGAGGGCGUCGUCAGAUAAAAGUGCUGUCAGCUUGUCAGGCUUCAUGAAUGAGCAGCUGGACUUUAAGAAUAAAAGUGAUAUUAUCAGUACACUAAAUGACAUACUGCCUUAUACCUCAGAGGGAAAUCUCGGAGAUGUGGAAGCAACAUUAUUACCAUUCAUUCAGCUUCUGUUUUCGAAUACAAAAGAUGGAGAUAUGCCGCAGGGCCUUUUGAAAAACAGUUCAAGGAGCCCUUCUGUUACACCUGUACCCAACACUUCAACUAAUAAAAACAAAUUGAGGAAACUCCAUUUUGCGGAAAAUUUGUUAGCUGCAGAAACUCAAGAAAAAAUUGAUGAGGUUAGAAAGGAAGAAAAACCUGCCACGCGUACGCGUUCCAACAUUUCAAGUGCCACGUUUAAACGCUACAUCUUUCAAAAGAAAUUGCAAACUGCCCAACCACAGAAAGACAGCCUAGCAAACACUGAGAGUACAGAGGAAAGGCUGCCGAGAGUGGACAGGGUCCUCAAGGGCCCAAGGGGCGUACAGAAAAUGCACCUCAAAGCAGUGGGAGAUGGGAGCGUCAGGGGGAAACAGAAUGCCCAGCCAUCAGAGGCGAACACUGCCGAAGAAAGAAGGCUCAGGAGGCCAUCCCCAAGAAAGCUGAAACAGCUUCUCAUGGUGCAGAGGCCCAGGAAGCUGGUGGGAAAGUCCUCCAAUGCAGAGUCUUCAUUCAUAAAAGAACACAAGGCAGCAGGCUCCUCUUCCCGGAAACAGUACUUCAAGGGCAGGCCUUCUGCCUCCAUCCCUCCAAAAUCCCCAUCUGACGUUAAAAGCAGAUCAAAAGACUCAUCCAACACUAUUCAUGUUUUAGAGGAUGCGAAGGCUAGAAUUAGAAAUAUUAAGGACUUCGAACUAAUCUCACAUACUGGAAAAAAAUACAUCUUCCAUAAAAUUAGGUCUCAUCGGGUCCACAGAAAACCCAAAGGCAAAAGGAGUCGAAAGUUCAGAAAGAAAAGUUCACUCAAUAGAAUGACGCUUGUAAGCCCUCCGUUCUCUGUACUGAGGAGUCUCAUAAAUUCCCCUCCACGAGAGGCUCUUUCAUCUUCAGGAGAAGUGACUUCUCAGGAAAAGCCUUUUCCAGAAUUAUUUUCUCUUUCAGACCCUUCUACAGAAAACACUACUUCAGAAAACAAUACUGCACACAAUGUUUCUGAAGAAAUUAUUUCUACAGGAAGCUCCACUCUGCCAGGAGGAACCGGCCCUGGAAACACUACCCAUAGGAGCGUGUCCCCUGCACAUUCUACUGUUGCUGCAGACAGCAGUAUGCCGACUGUUCAACACACCAACCAAACACGAUGGGAGGACCACAACACGGGCACUGAAUUAUCCUCUAAGGCCGCAGGCUUCGCUUUCCCAGGGCUCACAUCCCCGGGUGAUCAAGUUGAAACUCAGCUAAACCAGCAGCUACGGUCCCUCAUCCCCAACAAUGACGUGCGAAGGCUCAUUUCUCAUGUUAUCCAGACUUUAAAAAUGAACUGCUCAGAGACCCACGUGCAGCUGGCCUGUGCCAACCUCAUCUCUAGAACAGGCCUCCUGAUGAAGCUUCUCAGCAAGCAGCAAGAAGCAAAUGUGUCCGAAGCGGAAUGGUAUACGGACCAGUGGAAAGCUGACAACUAUAUCAGUGAGAGCACAGAAGCCCAGAGUGAGCAGAAAGGGCAGGAGUCAAGUGAGCUCACAAAAGAAGUUCCACGAUAUGGCUAUAACAACAAACUCAUCUUGGCAAUAUCCAUAUCUGUAGUAGUGACGAUUUGGGUUACAAUUCUCUGUCUCAUUGAGGUAAGGACAAUAAUUAAUUCAGAUUCAGAACCCGAUAGAGCAGCCAGGAAAAUAAAAGUACCUUCUCCCCACACCCACACCCCAGCAAAUGCUGCAUGUGCGACUAAGUCCGAAGCGGACUGGUGUGAAGCGCAUCUAGAGAGUAACGUGUUUCUGCCCAGCGCCGUUGUGCAGUGUUUUCACCGCACGAGGGCACUUGGCCAAGGGCCAGGAAAGGAGGGCUUUUUCGGGAGAAGGCGGCCACUUUGGCUUAGGGAUACGUAUAGGCCCCUCAACGCCACACGCAUGGAAAACAUGGCACAAAAGCUACACGACAGGGAGUCUUCUGAUGAGAAUGAGAUAUUCUAUAAGGAUGCAGGGUAAAUGAUAGGGGACAGUAUAAAAUUCUCAUCUAAAAGGAGGAAAUAAGGAAAACUGUAUUUGUUCCUUUCAAAAGUAAAAGCCUU